CUCCCUCACACACACACUCUCGGCUUGCAGAGAAUGAGAGGAUAGACGUACAGACAGGAAGGACUGACCCAAGAGCGUUAGAGAGAGAGAGCCAGAGAGAGAGAGAGAACAAGAGAGCAAGGGAGAGAGGGACUAUCCAGCACUCAGUCAUUACGCUUCCAGGGAUAGCAGAGAGAGAGAGACUACAGAGCCAUACUACUACAAUAUCUGUGUCCUGUAAUUUUGGAACUUUUUCACUUUAAUUUGUUCACUUUUUUUCACAACCUUAUUUUUUUAAUAUAACAAUAUAUUUAUUUCAUUCUGAAGCAGAGGACCUGGCUGUUACUUCUUCUUGUGUUCUCUGGGAUAUUUCUAAUGGUACUCUGCCCUCUGGUCUCCAGUGAUCAGCACACUGUGGACCAGGGACCUCUCUGCCCCUGACAAGGCAUCGUGGAGAGGCUGCUUGGCUGCUUGUCGUCAGGGCUGGGUUGUUGCUGCUUCUUCUUUGCAGGGAAUGCAAAGGGACGCUCCUGAAAAGCCUACGAAGGGGACUCAAGGUGAAGGAAGGGAAGGGAAGGAAGGAGCUGUGGCCCCACAGAACUGAGAGAACUGCCCCCCCUCCCCAACCCCAAGGCGCCCCAUCCCACUGCAGCAUGGAUCUCCCCCCAUUCAGAGGUCUUUCUGAUGUGCCGUGAGAGGUGCGAGCCCCCCGCCCCAGUCCCGACCCCCUCCCUGGUGCUCCUUCUCCCAGGACCAGGAUGGACCCUCUCCCAGGUCAUGGCCCUCCACCAGUCAGGAUGGACGUUGAUGGGCUGGACCUCCAGCAGGUGCCUGUCCUCUCCUUGGACCAGAUCCGCUCCAUCCGCGCCAACAACAACUACGUGGAGCGCCCCGUGACCCUGGACCAUGCCUCCCAGUCCGGCUUCUUCUACGCCCACGAUGACCGCUACCCCAUCACCCACGGAUACCCUCCUCAAGGUUACUCUCAUGGUUACUCUCAGGGGUACCCUCUCCCCCGGAGCCAGAGCCAGCAGCAACACACCCACCUUGCCCAUCUAAGUCGCUCCAGUACUACCAGUUCAGCCAUGUCCCGGAUCAGCGCUGCCUCCGACCAGAGACUCCUGGUGGGCCUGACGCCCUCCCACUCUGGCCUGGCCUCGGUGGUGCGCUCCCAGCCUAAAGGAGAACUCAAGCCUGAGGCUUCUCUGGGUAAAGGCCUGGUGGAGGGAGAGGACCUGGGCUUGCACCUGUUUAUCUGUGAGCUCUGUGGGAGGUGUAAGUGUCAGGAGUGCUGCGCUCCGCGAAGCCUGCCGUCCUGCUGGGCCUGUGGGCAGCGCUGCCUUUGCUCUGCUGAGAGUGCUGUGGAGUACGGCACCUGUCUGUGCUGCGUUAAGGGCCUGUUCUACCACUGCUCCACUCAGGAUGAUGAGGACAACUGUGCUGACCGGCCCUGCGCCUGCACAUCCGCCCACGCCUGCACCCGCUGGGGCACCAUGGGCCUUCUGGCGCUGUGCCUGCCCUGUCUCUGCUGCUACCCACCUGCCAGGCUGUGCCUCGCCCUGUGCCAGCGGGCCCACGACCGAGCCACCCGCCCCGGCUGCCGCUGCAGCAACACCAACACCGUGUGCCGUAAGAUCUCCACCUCCAACCCCAACCCUGAGCACACCCCCUUCUGCAGCAAGUCCCUGGAAAAGCCUGUAUGACAGGGCUGCAGCGGGAGUCAGCCAUCGCCUAGACAACGCAGUCUCAGUGACAACAUUACCAUGGCAACAAACACUGUUUCCAUGACAACGCCAUCACCCCCUUCAUCCGUGACCUACCUACCGUGACCUUUCACCUUACGUACCUUCCAUACUUCUCCUCCUGCCUGAGGAGAAAUGACCAAAAGCUUUACUGUACUUCACUGUAACUGUACUGUACUGUACAUGUGGAGACUUGAGCCGAAACCUGAAAACCGCCUGGUGCUUUUUGCUGAACUGACUGCCAAUCUUAACCUUACUGUGUUACUGUGUGGGCAUACUGCCUCUACCUUCCUCUUACUUUGUGGGCCAGCAUAGCGUACAUACUGUGGCUCUGCUCGGUGGGAUGGACUGGGGUUCCUCACUGUGCUGUGUGAUGGACUGGGGUUCCUCACUGUGCUGUGUGAUGGACUGGGGUUCCUCACUGUGCUAUGUGAUGGACUGGGGUUCCUCACUGUGCUAUGUGAUGGACUGGGGUUCCGCACUGUGUUAUGUGAUGGACUGGGGUUCCUCACUGUGCUGUGUGAUGGACUGGGGUUCCUCACUGUGCUGUGUGAUGGACUGGGGUUCCUCACUGUGCUGUGUGAUGGACUGGUGUUCCUCACUGUGCUGUGUGAUGGACUGGUGUUCCUCACUGUGCUAUGUGAUGGACUGGUGUUCCUCACUGUGCUAUGUGAUGGACUGGUGUUCCUCACUGUGCUGUGUGAUGGACUGGGGUUCCUCACUGUGCUGUGUGAUGGACUGGGGUUCCUCACUGUGCUGUGUGAUGGACUGGGGUUCCUCAGUGUGCUGUGUGAUGGACUGGGUUUCCUCACUGUGAUGUGUGAUGGACUGGGGAUCCUCACUGUGCUAUGUGAUGGACUGGGGUUCCUCAGUGUGCUGUGUGAUGGACUGGGUUUCCUCACUGUGAUGUGUGAUGGACUGGGGAUCCUCACUGUGCUAUGUGAUGGACUGGCGUUUGCUCUGUUAGACUUGACCUAUUUAUUAUUUAUUGGACUUCCUCCUCAGUGAGGUAGAGAGAGAGACAGAGAGAGCGGACCAUGUGUGACUCUGAGUACAGUGAGUAAGCUACUAGAACAAAUCCCAACACAGCCAUUAAUAAAAGGAGUCUCUGGCAAAUGUAUAUUCCAGGCAUGAGAUAGACAGAGACUGGGUGGUCUACAGGGAGUCUACAGGGUGUGCCUCCUUCCAUCCCCUCCCUCCCUCCCUGUCGCUCUGAAGAGGCAUCCUGGAGCCGACCAACUGAAUGGACAUACAAGAUGUGUCAUUGAGCAGCCAUGGCUGACAUUUUGUGUGAGGCUGAUGUAAAGACCCUUUCCUAAUGUUGGAACAAAACUCUGAAAUUGAAAAAUGUAUUACUGUUUGACACACCAAAAACGGACCAUGAUGCACCAGGUGAAUCUAAAGUGAUUAAGCACAUUUGAUAUGGAAGGCACUAUGAGAUAUAGAGGUGGAUCGUCUGUAGUGUUCCCCAGCUGUCUGUCAUAUGAACAGGGGGGGUGGGGGGGGGGGGCUCUGUUAUGACCAGGUAGUGUGUGUAGGCAUGUGUGUCUGUGUAUACGUGUGUGUGUGCAUGCACGCGCAUGUUUGGGUAUGUACACUAAUGUUUACGUGUAAGUGUGUAUGUGGGUCUGUGUAUGUUAGUGUGUGGUCUUGCCUGUGUAUGUACAGUAUAUAUGUGUGUGUGUGUGUGUGUGUGUGUGUGUGUGUGUGUGUGGGUGCACAUGUCCCCUUCCUGUUUGCUGUCAGCAGAAGCCUCCUAUUUUAUUUUUAGCACAGCUGCUUCAGAGGACCCAGAGUCUGGUCAGGUUUCUUCUCCACGGCAGGCUGACGCCAGCCUUCCCCGACCCCUCACCACCUUCAUCUCCCCCGCCUCACCCCUCCUUACCCGCUGCCUCUAGUCUACCCAUCCCCCAGCCUCCCUCAGUAACCCUCCCCAAACCUCCCCUGAGCCAUUCUUUCCUCCCCCCUCCUCUAUUUCCCCCCUCCAUCUGGACUGCUGCUGUCCACCGUGCAGAGGGACCAAAGAGACAGAGCUUCUCCACAGUCCAAAAUACAGAGGGACUUCACAGGAGUGAUGACAGGAAGCCAGAUAAGAAAUAUCACUUUCUUUACAGAUCCGUCCUCCAUCCUUACCACUUCGUCCACAACACGAGGCAUUUUGCAACGACAGACAUUAUAUACCUUGACAGGGCUUUUCUCUUCUUGACAGAUUCCUCUGGCCAGUUUGAUAAACCCCAGGCAGGCCCACCCACCGACCCCUAGUCACAUACCCACCCACUUAAUGAACUAACAGGUUCCAGUCCUCCUCCUCUGAGUUGAUCAGGAGGCAAUUAGCUUCUAAUGGGGAAAGAGGGAGGGGUGGAGGGAGGUGUGUGGAAGGUGAAACGGAGGAAAAGAGAGAGUGUGAGAGAUCUGUGGAAGUGGAGGAAGGAGAAAAGGAAGGGACAGAGGAGAUUGGGGACAGGGGGCUGGAGGUUAGGAAGACUGAUGUUAACCUGUGGGAGUGAGGUCAUAACAAAGCAACAUGGGGAGGUGAAGAACAGGUGGAGAGGGAUGGAGGGAUAAAGGGAUAGGGAGGGACUGAGUCUGGGAGGUCUGGUUGUCUUAUGCACUGAUAUCCAAAACCGGGAUUUGAAAAGUAACACGCCAUGUCAAGCAUGUCUGUGUGUGUGUGUGUGUGUGUGUGUGUGUGUGUGUGUGUGUGUGUGUGUGUGUGUGUGUGUGUGUGUGUGUGUGUGUGUGUGUGUGUGUGUGUGUGUGUGUGUGUGUGUGUGUGUGUGUGCUUUACUGUAUGUAAUGUGUGUCUGUGCGUUUAUUCACCUACACACAUACACACUCAUCCGAGUUGUUAAAUUUGCUUUGCUAUAUUUUUGUAUGUACAUAUUGACUGUUAUCCUAUACAUGUGUGUAUGUUUAUUCCUUGUUUUGUUCCCUUUUAUUAUGAUCACUGUUUCUAUUAUUAUUUUCUAUUAUAUUGAACAUUUACUUUGAGUCACAGACUUGGUCAAUACUUCUAACCGUUUUAGAGGUUUUUCACUGUGGAGGAGAAGCUCACUGACCAUCGGCCAAACCUGUUAUUUGUACCUCCACUUCACUAUCUCCUCUGUGAUUAAUUUCACACGCACACAUUCAGACACACACAAAUACACACUCACGCACACACUUCACGGCCACUGUGCAAGGCCCAGGUUAAUGGUCUCUCCUCCACAGUCCAGCCCGUGUAGAGCUCUCCCAGGUGGUCAGAUGUUGAGUGGAAGGGCUCAGUGUGUAGGUACUGUACUGUACAGUACAUGCAUUUCUACAGAAUAACAACUAACCCUCCAGGGUGCUGUAUGCAGGCUACAGGUUAACCACUAAACUUCCCCAUGUCGUAUUAGUAAAUAUUGCUUUGGUACAAUUGGCAUCUUGUAUGUUGUAAAAGAAUUUAAGGAGAAUAUAUGGACACAUAGAAAUUUAUCAAAAUGAAUAUAUUAUAUAUAUAUUAAAUAUACAUUUCACACAUAUUUCUUUUCCGUUGCUGAUAUUACAGAUGCGUCACAGAUAUUUAUUUAACGGUUGCGAUGAGAGAAGUAUUUAUUUAACGGUGGAUGUGGCGAGGAUGAUGAUGACUGUUGUUGGCUUUUUGGUUUGGUUUCUCUUGGAGUGGUGUGGCGGCUGCAGCCCUCAUGGCUAAAGAUAACCAAUAAAAGGUGUUUCCAAA